GGGCGACUCCGUCCGGGAGGGGGCGGGCGUGAGGCGCGCCGUCCGCCUGAGGGGCUGCAGACCCCGGCUCCCGGGAGCGCCGCGGCUGGCUCGGCUGUUCCAUGUGGCUCCGGCGGGGAUGGAGGACUCGGUGGCGGCGGCGGCGACUGCUGCUGCGGCGGCGACGGAGGAGCGGCGCUGAGGAGGGAACCGGGCCAGACUCAGCCCGACAGCGGGAUUAGAGUCCUCCAGAAUACACAUCAUAUAACCCACGAGGUGGAAUGGUGAUGUCUCCAUGAGGGAACCUCCUCUCACUCAUCCUGUGAUGUGUGUCAUACUGUUCUUGACUGGGCCAGUCAUCUAAGAUGUGAUUUACCCUGUGAAACAGGGAGAAGACUUAUGGACCCCAAACAUCAUUUCAAGUUGUAGUUGAGUUUUUUAAAGUACAGACAUACAUGCAAAGCUCCUUUGCUUUGGACCCUCUGCUUUGUUAAAGCUGCUGUGUUGCUAAACCAGAACUGCUCCACUGUUUUGACUGAUCAUCAUGGCUUCAGUUUGGAAGAGACUACAGCGUGUGGGAAAACACGCAUCCAAGUUCCAGUUUGUGGCCUCCUACCAGGAGCUGAUGGUUGAAUGUACCAAGAAAUGGCAACCAGAUAAACUGGUGGUAGUUUGGACGAGAAGAAGCCGAAGGAAGUCUUCCAAGGCUCAUAGCUGGCAGCCUGGAAUAAAAAAUCCAUACCGUGGUGUUGUAGUGUGGCCUGUUCCUGAAAACAUUGAAAUCACUGUGACACUUUUUAAGGAAUCCCCUUCUGGUCGAAGGAAAGCUCUUGCUACCACCAGCAUCAACAUGAAACAGUAUGCAAGCCCAAUGCCAACUCAGACUGAUGUCAAGUUAAAAUUCAAGCCAUUGUCUAAAAAAGUUGUAUCUGCCACUCUUCAGUUUUCAUUAUCUUGCAUUUUCCUUCGGGAAGGAAAAGCCACGGAUGAAGACAUGCAAAGUUUGGCUAGUUUGAUGAGUAUGAAGCAAGCUGACAUUGGCAAUUUAGAUGACUUUGAGGAAGAUAAUGAAGAUGAUGAUGAGAACCGAGUGAACCAAGAGGAAAAGGCAGCAAAAAUUACAGAGCUUAUCAACAAACUUAACUUUUUGGAUGAAGCAGAAAAGGACUUGGCCACUGUGAAUUUAAAUCCAUUUGGUGAUCCUGAUGUAGCAGAAUUAAAUCCAUUUGGAGAUCCUGACUCAGAAGAACAAAUCACUGAAACAGUUUCAUCUAAAAAACCAGAAGAAUCCUUUUAUAAUAACAGCUAUAAUCCCUUUAAAGAGGUACAGACUCCACAGUAUUUGAACCCAUUUGAUGAGCCAGAAGCCUUUGUAACUAUAAAGGAUUCUCCUCCCCAGUCUACAAAAAGAAAAAAUAUAAGACCGGUGGACAUGAGCAAGUAUCUCUAUGCUGAUAGUUCUAAAGCUGAAGAAGAGGAGUUGGAUGAAUCAAAUCCUUUUUAUGAACCUAAACUAACUCCUCCUCCAAAUAAUUUGGUAAGUCCAGUUCAAGAACUGGAAACUGAAAGGAGAGUAAAAAGAAAAGUCCCGGCCCCACCAGCCAUCUCACCAAAGACAGGAGGAGUAAAUGAAAACACAGUUAUGUCUGCAGGAAGAGAUCUCUCCACUUCUCCUAAGCCGAGUCCUAUACCAAGUCCUGUUUUGGGACGAAAGCCAAAUGCUAGUCAGUCAUUGCUUGUAUGGUGCAAAGAAGUUACAAAAAAUUACCGGGGAGUGAAAAUCACCAAUUUUACUACAUCGUGGAGAAAUGGUUUAUCUUUUUGUGCAAUAUUACACCACUUUAGACCAGAUUUAAUUGACUACAAGUCUCUGAAUCCUCAAGACAUUAAAGAGAACAACAAAAAGGCAUAUGAUGGAUUUGCCAGCAUAGGAAUUUCCCGGUUAUUGGAACCUUCUGAUAUGGUUUUAUUAGCAAUUCCUGACAAACUGACUGUUAUGACCUAUCUCUAUCAAAUUAGGGCACAUUUCAGUGGGCAAGAGUUAAAUGUUGUUCAAAUAGAAGAAAAUAGCAGUAAAAGCACAUAUAAAGUUGGAAACUAUGAAACAGAUACAAAUAGUUCUGUUGAUCAGGAAAAAUUCUAUGCAGAGCUUAGUGAUCUGAAACGGGAGCCUCAGCUGCAGCAGCCUACCAGCGGAGGGGUAGACUUCCUAUCCCAGGACGACUCUGUAUUUGUAAAUGAUAGUGGGGUUGGAGAGUCAGAAAGUGAACACCAGACUCCUGAUGAUCAUCUCAGUCCAAGCACAGCCUCCCCUUACUGUCGCAGGACUAAAAGUGACACAGAACCCCAAAAGUCCCAGCAGAGCUCUGGAAGGACUUCAGGAUCCGAUGACCCUGGAAUAUGUUACAGUACAGAUUCAAACCACACACAAGUUUUGUUAGGCAAGAAGAGACUAUUGAAAACGGAGACUUUAGAAUUAAGUGACUUAUACAAUAGUGAUAAGAAGGAUGUGUCUCCACCCUUUAUUUGUGAGGAGACCGAUGAGCAAAAGCUUCAGGAUAUAGACAUCAGUAGUAACUUGGAGCAAGAAAAAUUAGAGAAUUCCAGACCCUUAGAAUGCAGAUCAGAUCCUGAAUCACCUGUGAAAAAACCAAGUUUAUCUCCCACUUCUAAACUUGGAUAUUCGUACAAUAGAGAUGCAGACCUUGCCAAGAAAAAACGUAAUUCCCUGAGGCAGACAGAGUCUGAUUCAGAUGCUGAUAGAACCAUCUUAAAUCAUGCAAAUCAUUCUGCAAAAACAGUCCAGCAUCGAAUGUUAUCCAGACAAGAAGAACUCAAAGAAAGAGCAAGAGUUCUGCUUGAGCAAGCAAGAAGAGAUGCAGCUUUAAAGGCAGGGAAUAAGCAGAAUACCAACGCAGCCACACCGCUCUGCAACAGACAGCUAAGUGAUCAGCAAGAUGAAGAGCGACGUCGGCAGCUGAGAGAGAGAGCUCGUCAGCUAAUAGCAGAAGCUCGAUCGGGAGUGAAGAUGUCAGAACUUCCCAGCUAUGGUGAAAUGGCUGCAGAAAAGUUGAAAGAAAGGUCAAAGGCAUCUGGAGAUGAAAAUGAUAAAGUUGAGAUAGAUACUAAUGAGGAGAUUUCCGAAGGCUUUGUUGUAGGAGGUGGAGAUGAACUUACUAACUUAGAAAAUGACCUUGAUACUCCCGAACAAAACACUAAGUUGGUGGACUUGAAGCUGAAGAAACUCCUAGACACUCAGCCACAGGUGGCAAAUUCACCUUCCAGCGCUGCUCACAAAGCUAUAACUGAAAGUUCAGAGCAAGACAUUAAGAAUGGCACAGAAGAUCUCCGGACUGAGCGAUUACAAAAAGCAACAGAACGAUUUAGAAAUCCUGUUGUGUUUAGCAAGGAUUCUACAGUAAGAAAAACUCAACUUCAGUCUUUCAGUCAAUAUGUUGAGAAUAGACCAGAGAUGAAAAGGCAGAGAUCAAUACAGGAAGAUACAAAGAAAGGAAAUGAGGAGAAGGCAGCAAUAACUGAAACUCAGAGGAAGCCAUCAGAAGAUGAAGUGCUUAAUAAAGGGUUCAAAGACACCAGUCAGUAUGUUGUAGGAGAAUUGGCAGCACUAGAGAAUGAGCAAAAGCAAAUUGACACCCGUGCCGCGCUGGUGGAGAAGCGCCUUCGCUAUCUCAUGGACACAGGAAGGAACACAGAAGAAGAAGAAGCUAUGAUGCAGGAGUGGUUUAUGUUAGUUAAUAAGAAAAACGCCUUAAUAAGGAGAAUGAACCAGCUCUCUCUCCUGGAAAAAGAACAUGAUUUAGAACGACGAUAUGAGCUGCUGAAUCGGGAAUUGCGGGCAAUGCUAGCCAUUGAAGACUGGCAGAAGACCGAGGCCCAGAAGCGACGCGAGCAGCUCCUGCUGGAUGAGCUGGUGGCCCUAGUGGACAAGCGCGACGCGCUCGUCAGGGACCUGGACGCGCAGGAGAAGCAGGCCGAAGAAGAAGACGAGCAUUUGGAGCGAACUCUGGAGCAAAACAAAGGCAAGAUGGCCAAGAAAGAAGAGAAAUGUGUUCUGCAAUAGAAGUCAGACCAGAAUCUUGACCAACAUUUUAUUAGCCUUGGGUCCCCAGACCAGAAAAAGUCAUUCUCGUUGUUGAUUUAAAACUUUUAACAUUUUGUUUGGCUGGAUUGUACUUCUUUACCACUACCACCACCUCUUUUCCUCCCUUUUUUCCAGACAGUGUACAGAACUCCGAAAUAGCUUUGUUUAAGGAUUGUGUGUGUGUGAGUUAAUCAUUUCCUUGAAAUCAUGUAAAAUAGAUUGCACAGACAUCUUGUGAGUGAUUGGUAUUAGGAGUGUUCAAGAAACUGUUCAAAGAAGAAAGAAAAGAAAACUCUUCCCUCAUUAUUUUCCCUCAUUUUUUGAUGGAGAAAAAUUUUAAAACAUUUUUGUUGUUGUUGUUAUUGUUAAUAGCAUAAUGAGGGGUGGGAGGGGGCUUAAGAGGGAGGGAUAAGGAAAAUGUCAUGAAUGAUUUUUUUCCAGUCCUGCCAUAUGUAACACUGAGUCUGUUACCUAAAUUUUAUAGUUAGAUCAUCUUCAAUUUACUUAUUAAAUUGUGUUCUAUUUACCAGUGGGAUUUUCUGCAGUUGUUUUGCGUUUCACUAUGAAGAUAAUAGGGUACUUCUCCUCUGCUUUCUUCGGAGGAUGGCCCUUUAACGUAGCCUGAAACAAGUCCUGUGAUUUGAAGUGAGCUGUAAGGAUGGGACUAAUUGACAUGCAUCACUUUACAAAGACAGUCUUAUCAUUUGAGAAUGCGCCAUCUUUUUCUCUGGAUAAUUAUUUAUUACAUCUAGCUUGGUUCCUACAUUUUGUUGGGUCUCAAAAUUGGCUCAAGAAUGGUGUUAAUAUUUAUUCUGUAUUGAUAAAAGUCUGUCUUGCCAUUAUGAGUAAAUCCUCCAAUUAAUAUUUUCUUCUC